AUGGCGGAUCCCCAAUACGCUCGCCGGCGAGCUCCCAUGGAUCCCUCAUUCCACGCUGGUUACUCACAUCACUCGCAUUCUCGGUCGCGGACCGGCUCCAAUGGCUUCGCCUCUCCUCUAGCAUCGCCACCAGUGACUGCCAACUACCAAAUGCAAAUGCCGAUGCCGAUGCAUCUCGUCCAAUCUCAAUCGAACCACCAACGACGAUCGCCCAGCGUGAACACUUUCAGCACCGUCUCAAGCGGAGGAGGGAUGCCGCCCCCGCCAGCCGCCUACCGAACGUCGCCCACCAGCGACAUCAGGAGAUCUACCUCGAGUCGCUCCGGCGGCACCGUCGACCAACCAACCAGUUAUGUUGCACUUUUACGAAAGCAAAAGGCGACGGUAUGGUGCGACCGUGCACAAUAUGAGGAUCCCAGAUUGCUAGCACAGCAGCGUGCUGCUAAGACGCGGGCGGCUAGGGAAGUUUCGGGCGCGGUAACCGGUGCGGGAAUGACCAGCGGCCGCGCGACAACCGGUCUGUCGGCAGGAGGAAAGGUCGCCGCAAAGAUCCGACACCACGGCAAGCCGACAGUCGUCGGAUACAUACCAGAUGGCCACCACGUCGGCGUGGGAGGCAUCCCUCUCAGACUUAGCGCGACCGAGGUGGAAGGUGAAGACAGCGACGACGAUAACGACGCUAUGAACCGAUACAACAAUCACCGGAGAACCGGUAGCUCCAGUCGAAGCAGCACCGCCAGCGGAAGGAAGGGAUUGGGCUAUCGCGCCUCCGGACAACUCGGACCAUCGAAUUCACAAGGCUCCGGGUCUAGAAGGUGGACCCCGGGCGACACACCAGAGCGACGGGGCUCCCUAGCACAAACCAGCGAGCAGGCCUCUGCUGGCAAUGAUGCGGCUAGCGGAAAGGCCCUGAGCUUCGCCAGCGGGAGCAGUGGCGAGCGUCUAGAUGCCGUCCCUGACCUCCAGGCCCACCCACAACGACAGCUGGCUACCAACAGCUUACUCAACGCCGCCUUGACGCGUGAGAAGAGCGUCAAGAACCCCGAGGAGCUCAGGAGGAGGGGAAGCGUGGACGAAAGGACAUACGAGAGGACAAUGACGCUCAACUCGUCGGGCCGCUUGUUCAUCGCCAACCCCGAUUAG